AUGUCCUCCUUCCCUUCCUCUACCCGGGCCCCCCAUGGCCACUCCAACUCGUCGCACCGUCAAUUCCCCGCCUACAACCCGGUCGCCGCCGUGACCGCUCCCGCGGGCACGUUCUUGCCCGGGACCAAAGUUCAGGUGGGCAGUCACCGCGUCGUGGUGGACAAGUAUCUCUCGGAGGGCGGGUUUGCUCAUGUCUACGUGGUGCGGCUGCCCAAGGGGGCCAAGGGCUCGGAAACGGCGGUGCUGAAGCGAGUCGCUGUCCCCGACAAGGGGGCGCUCGCCAACAUGCGCACCGAGGUCGAGACGAUGAAGAAGCUCAAGGGCCACCGGCACAUUGUCACCUACAUCGAUUCGCAUGCCUCCCAGCUCAGUGGAGGCGGGUUCGAGGUCUUCCUGCUCAUGGAAUACUGCGCGGGUGGCGGUCUGAUCGAUUUCAUGAAUACCAGGCUCCAAAAUCGCUUGACAGAACCGGAAAUCAUCAAGAUCUUCUCGGAUGUCGCCGAGGGUGUGGCCACUAUGCAUUAUCUGAAGCCACCUCUGCUCCAUCGGGAUCUCAAGGUUGAGAACGUCCUGAUCUCGCGUUCCGGGGGUUCGUCUUGUUACAAACUGUGUGAUUUUGGGUCCUCUGCACAGCCGCGUCCAGCAGCCAAGUCGGCCGCCGAGGGUCGAUUGAUUGAGGAUGAUGUGCAGCGACACACAACGAUGCAGUAUCGCAGCCCGGAGAUGAUCGACGUCUACCGGAAGCAGCCUAUUGAUGAAAAGAGUGAUAUCUGGGCGCUUGGUGUGUUCCUGUACAAGUUGUGCUACUAUACCACUCCGUUUGAAGAGGUUGGGCAGAUGGCCAUCCUCAACGCCACUUACAAGUUCCCCUCCUAUCCUUCCUUUUCGGAUCGACUGAAGACAUUUAUCGCAUCAAUGCUCAAAGAAGAUCCGCGGAAGCGCCCAAACAUCUACGAGGUGGUGCGCGAGGUGUGUCGCAUGCAGAAGAAGGAUGUUCCAAUUCGCGAUAUCUACUCUAAUCGCACUGCCUCUGAGGCGCGUCGAAACCAAGAACUGCCACCCACGCCCAUAGAGGCUCCUGCAGUGGGGGCAAAAUUUUCACCACCUAUUCAGGAAACCCAAAUCAUUCCUGAGAUUGCACCUAUGCGUCGAGGACGGCCUAGCAAGCCCCAAUCAUCUCAACAUAACUCCGCUAAACCAAGCCCAUCUCCUUACCGGGGCCGGGGCGACUCCACCAGUUCACCCACUGAUCCCUUUGAAGCUUUGGAUGGUGGCGUUGCCAGGAGGAAGAAGAUUGCAGACGAGCUGUCCAAUCGAUUCCCGACCUUGGAUCAGUUUGAUAUUUUACACGAGAAAGGGGACAGGUUCAAUUUCGAGCCGACAGCGGAGCCCUCCAAGUCGGACGAGGACGUCUCCCAGAGACUCACCAAUGCCUUGGCCGACGAAGCCUUUGCUCCACGCCCGUCGCAGGAGCAAGUAACUCGGCAAGUCUCGCCCGUGCGGUCUCUGCCUGCACGUAGCGCUCCUCAGCAAUCCGCGCCGCUGUAUCAACCUACUCCUCAGCGGCCCUCAAUGGUUUCCACUGGGACAAUGACAUCUCCUGCACAGACGCCUCGUAUAUCAGAGCCGAAGAUAUCCAGUCGACCGAUUUACCGAUUCCCGUCAUCGGACGAACGGCGGCCUUCCAGUCAGCCAUGGGCUGACGACGAGCGUACAACGCACAAGGUACCGUCGCCGAGUAUGAGGCCGGGCACCAGUCCGCGGUUGUCGUCUGACCGGUUAUCGAUCCAGUCGAACUCCGCACGGCCGUCGAUGGAAAAGUUGCGACGGCCGACUGGGUUGGGCUUGGAGCUUGAUGAUUCCAUCGGACGAUCCAAAUCCGCCGUGGCAAAGGCUCGCCCGGUUUCCGUGGGGAAGAUCGACCUCCCGCGCGAGUCCGAAACAAGUCGAUCCUCUGUGGAUCUGUCUCACAUGCAAUACGAGGAUGGAGCACCGCUGCAAUCUGUUCGUACGGAUACUGAGGACCGGUCGAACAUUUCGUCGGAUGUCGACUAUUUGCGCGCAAUGGAAGAAGAGAGUAAUCGGAAACGCGAGAAGCGAGCCAGCAGUGGCUCGAAACACAUCAAGCGCGGCAGUCUGUCCAAUCUGUCCCUCUCCGGGACCAAGACCUUGUUUGGUGGCCGCUUUGGUGAUGCAUUCCGUCGUUUCGAAAGCAGCAACCAGGAUGCGCCGCCCACGCCAUCGCCCCCGCCGAACGAGGAUUUCAUUCUGGACGACCUCGAUCGCGAUGACAUCAGCCCGGAAAUGCGCCGCGAGUUGGAACGUCGCCGCCUGUCCCAAGAGGAGAAGAGGGUCGCCAACGCCGCGGCUGAGUACCGGCGCCGGGUGGCUGAAGGGGAAGGUGGACGAACAGGCGGCGAUGGGCCCCGCGCCCGUGCAAUCCAGAACAAGGUGCAGUCCUUGUUUGGCGAGUCCAACAAGGCCGCGCCGCCGCCCAAGACCGCGACUGGGUACGGCCACUAUACUGAGUCACCCCCUGCUUUGCAGGCAAAGCACGAGGUGCGGUCAUCCAGCUCUGAGGCGCCACGGAUGAUUUCUCAAAACCCAGGCCCCGUGUACGGUGGUCGAGAAGGGCCUUCGUCUCCCCCAGACCGUCAAGGAGGUACCAGUGCGCCUCUCCCGCAGUCUUCGACGGGUUACUCCUCGGGCCCACGGCCUGGAUCGCGUCCGAUGGCACCCCCGAAACCCAAGAAUCUCCGGGUUGGCGGUGGGCAAGGGACCUCCCGGCCCAGUACAGGACAGGAUGCUAGUCAAACGACUCCCGCUACCCCGGGUGAUGACUGGGAAGCCCAGUUCACCCGCCGUUUCCCUAGCCUUUCGGGCCUGGAGAUGGAGACAGAGAUCAAAUCGCCCCAGUACCACAGCCUGCGGACACGGAAAGUGUAG